AUGGUCGAUGCAGUGAGAAACAUCAUUAUCAAGUUGGGAAGAAAAAAUCACUCACCAGAAAGUGCUCGGAAGCAUGUGAAUACGCUUCUCCAACUAGCAAUGAAGAAGAAGCUGAAGUUAGACACUGUUCUUCGAGACGAGAUCCUUAUCAUGGUGAUAUCUGACUACCCUGAGUUCUAUGAAAAUUGGUCAGACGAUGAUGCAAGCAAUCUUUUGUUGAUGGCUUCUGAAGCAGACGAUGAUAUAAGCCCAGCCUCUAUUGACGAACCAGAAGAUGGGAAUCGUGCAGGGGCAUUCCUCAAAUUCUUUGCACAAAGGGCUCUGGAAUGGGAGGAAAUUUCUCGGCGACGGGCAGAAGCACAUCCUUUAUAUCUUGAAGUUGCCCAGGAGGAAGCUAAGCGCCGAAUUGAGUUUCUACAAAACAGGUCUAAUACUUCUGACACUUCUAUUCAAAUUUCUCCUGAUAAGCCUUCUGAGUUGUUAUCUGUUGAUGAUGAGUUUGAGCUACCUAUUGAGAAGUCUGAUAUUAGUCCAGAGUCUGCAGAACUCUUACUGCCUGCUAAGCCUAUUAUAUCUGAUGAUUCACCCCAGUUGCUAAUUGUAAAAUCUGAGUCUGUAAAAACUGUUCUUGUGACUAAAUCUGAGGGGAUUGUUCCCAAUUUUGAUGAUAUUGAAAAGUUAAGUCUAGUUGUGUAUUCUUCGGAUGUUGAUCGUUCUGUGGUUUCUGUUAACCCUGAGUCUACUCUAUCUGAUAAGCCCUCUGUUGAGAAGUGUCCAGUUGAAAAUCCACAAAAGGAGUCUGUUGUGACUAUUGCUGAACAGUCAAUUGAUGGUGUCCCUGUCUAUACAUCUUCCAAUCUGGCUGAGAGCCUAGACCAUAUUCGUCACUUUGCGGGAUUACCCUCUGCUUCAAUACCUGAGCCAUACAAAACAGUGACAUCCAUUUGUUCUUACUCAAAGUUGUUGACUUACGAAUUUUACUGCAACCUAAAUGAGGACAUUGAUAAUCUUACUAGUGAGAAGUGCCAGCAAAUCUUCAUUAGGGGUAAGUGGUAUGUGUUCGAACCAGACAUGAUUAAUCAGUACUAUGGGUUGAAGACAGUUGAAGAAGAAGAAAUUUUUGACUGGGAUUUGGUUGCGAAGACCCUCACUGGAGGACUGACACCUGUAUGGCCAACUGGUGAUAAUGAUACCUUGUCCAGCUCUCAAUUUACCUCCAAGUUUGUUAUUCUACAUCGGAUUGCUUUGCACAACUGGCUUCCAUCAGCACAUUUUCAUACAGUCGGAAAGAAUCUAACUGCUCUUCUGUUUCGAGUUGGCACCAAGAUGACCAUUGAUCUAGGGAGAUGGAUCUUCUAUCAUAUUCUCACAUUGAUACAUCCCAGGGAACAGAAGGGUUUGAUUCCGAUGCAAAGUGAGAUCAUUGGUCCUUCUCUGCUGUAUACUGUGGAUCCACGCCUUUUGACUGGCAAACAUAUCCGGGAUGUUACGCCUGUUGAUGCUCCGCAUACUUCUGAGGCUGAUACUGCUGUUGAGGAUACCCCAUAUGCUCGAGAUGUGCAGCUGUCCCUGCGACUGAAGGCUCGUGUGUCUGAGCUGGAGACUGUGAGUAAUAUUAUCUCAAAUCAGCUUAAUGCGGCUCGCACUGGACUUGCAACUUUUUUACUUCGAAUGCGUUUGUCUGAGUCUGCUGCUGCUGACAAUGUGAAGACUGACAGUGAAGGUCCCUCUAAUGCUUAA